GACAUCAGCCUGGGGAGUGGAGGAGGCCGGAGGAUGCCCGUAUGCCAGGCUACCACAUACUCCCAAGGCUCAGUGCUAUGCCAGAAACCCUACCAAGUCCAAAGUAAUCUGGCCAGCCCUCGUCCCUGCCUGGCCCUUGCCCUGAAGGACACAACUGGCCAACCAGGUGUCACAGGUCUCUGGCAGCAGAGUAACCUACAGCUUCCAGCAGGGAGGUCCCAGGGGAGGACCCGCGAGCCCUUUACACAGCAGAGUAACCUGUGCUUCCAAAGGACCACGAGCCCCCAUCUGCAGAACAGCUGCCUGUCACCAAGUGGCCCAUCCUCCCACCAGAGGCAGACACACCAGGUCACAGACACCCCCUGCUUAGACUUGAGACUCUCUGGGGGCUUGAAACCUCUUGAUGGGUGCACAUGGCCUGACCCCAGUCCCUGCUAUAGUUCCGGGAGCUGGGCACCCAGGCUUGUGGGGCAGCCCCUCGCCUUGGAGGACCUAUCUGUCUCUGCCCACAGCCAGUCUUGGGCCCAAUUCCGUUCUUCAUGCAGCACUGACCACUGGCUGCUGGACUCCAUCCAACACCUAGAGCCUGAGGCAGCCUGUUCAAGGAGCCAGACAUCCCAGGAGCACCCAGGCCCUACACAGAGGGGCCCCCACACUGGUGGGAGACAGUCAACCCCUGCCCAACCUUGGCCCAGCCACCCCAGGGAAAGUGUAAGCCUCCUGGAGACUCUUGGGGUCCAAGCUAGACUCUCAGAGUCCCCUGUAUACAAACCCUUGUCACAUGAGGCCGUUCCCACUCUGGAAACAUUGGCUGGGGAUUUCUCUGACUCAGACCAGGAGGUCCUUUCUACCCAGCACCUUGGGGCAAGAGAGAGAGGCUCCCCAGGCCUUCCAUAUAACACGAGGAACAGAGGGCCCUUCAGGGUCACACGAGAGGCAGGUAGCAGAGAGGCCAGAACUGAAUCUCCAACCUUUAUCAGUGUCCUGCCUGGGCAGGAAGGAAGAGAGAAGGCCCCACAGGAAAGGGCAGGCAGGGAUGGGAAGAUGGCCUCCUGCCCAUCAAAUGGAGCCCCAACUGAGAAUACUCUGCAGGGACUUGAUAGAGAUAGACAUCUGAUGGCAGAGCCUCAGCAGGAUUUCAGAACUAUCUUCACACUGUCCCUCAUGAGAAACCAGGGGCCUCCAGGGCCCGAGGACAAGUUCUACACCCCUGGGUUUGGAUCACUGGGAAUUGUAGACAUCAGUCCAGAAGCUGCUGUCCAGAAGUUUCAGAGCCUGGAGGAACUUGUCACAGAGGCGCCAGGCAGCAGCUAA